UUCAUCCUCAUCAUGUUUCCCUCAAUUGCUCGCAGUCUGCUGUUUAUCAGUCUCGUGGCUGCUCAAACAGUCACUUACCAAGCAGAAUCUGCUACUUUGACAGGCGUUACGGUAGGCACAUCUGUCGCUGGUUUCACAGGGACGGGCUACGUAGAGGGCUUUGACACUGAAGGCGACUCCAUUACAUUCGCCAUCAACAGCACGAAAUCACAACUCUACGAUCUUCAUGUGAUUUACAACGGCCCCUAUGGUGAUAAAUAUACAAACGUCGUUCUCAACAACCUGGCCGGCUCGCAAGUCUUCCUACCCGCAACAACGGCAUGGACAACAGUCUCCGCGGGUCAGGUCCUCUUGAACGCAGGCUCCAACACUAUCCAGAUCCAAAACAACUGGGGAUGGUAUCUCAUAGACGCCAUCACCCUCGCGCCUUCAGCUGAACGUGCCCCUCACAAUGUCACCACAACCCCUAUCAACCCGAAUGCCAACGCCCCCGCCAAAAGCCUUCUCAAAUAUCUCGGCAGCGUUUACGGUAAGAACAUCCUCUCCGGUCAGCAAGACCCAGCCUCCCUCGAAUGGGUCACACAGAACGUGGGCAAGACUCCUGCGAUUCUCGGCGUCGACAUGAUGGACUACACUGAAUCGCGCAUGGCGUACGGUGCGAGAUCCACGGACGUCGAAAAGGCCCUCGAAUUCGCAAAGCGCGGCGGCAUCAUCACCUUCGUGUGGCACUGGGGUGCUCCCACGGGUCUAUACGACACCGCCGAGCAGCCUUGGUACAGCGGAUUCUACACCAGAGCGACCGACUUCAAUAUCGAGACCGCGCUGGCGGAUACCACGAACGCGAACUACACUUUGCUGAUCAAGGACAUCGACACAAUUGCGGUGCAGCUGUUGAAGCUGCAGGAUGCGGGCGUGCCGGUGCUAUGGCGACCUCUGCACGAAGCGGAAGGGGCUUGGUUUUGGUGGGGAGCGAAGGGUCCCGAGCCCGCAAAGAAGCUGUGGGAUAUCUUGUACGAGAGGCUGACGAACCACCAUGGAUUGAACAAUUUGAUCUGGGUGUGGAAUUCGGUGAACGCGGACUGGUAUCCUGGAAACGACAAGGUCGAUCUCGUCAGUGCGGACACGUACGCGCAGGGUGAUCACGGGCCCAUCUCAGCGACAUACAACAACCUCCUUGCGCUCGCGGACGAUACGAAGAUUAUCGCCGCGGCCGAAGUCGGCUCCGUACCCGAUCCUGCUCAACUUCAAGCCUACCAAGCUGACUGGGUAUACUUCUGCGUCUGGACAGGCGAGUACAUAGAUGGAGGAUCUUGGAACAGUUUGGAUUUCUUGAAAGAGACGUAUAACUCCGAGUAUGUCCUUACUCUAGAUGAGAUCCAAGGUUGGGCGGAUUGA